AUGAAUUGUCUUACUUCCAUGCGUCUCUGUGCAAGACGCAUCUCAAUUACCCCUCUCACUCGACUCCCCAAUCUGCACGCACCCGCAUUCCCGCUCACACGCUCAUUCCCGAGAAUGGCAUCCAGCGCGUUUCAGUUCGCCGAGGGCGAGGAUGCGCAGCAACUUGCCCGAGAUGCCGAUGCUUUAUUACAGCAGGGCUGGGCGCAGGAUGGAGACGGGAUGGGGGUCACGAAAACGUUUCAUUUUAAGAGCUAUUUUAAGGCUGUGGCAUUUGUUAAUAUGAUUGCAGCCGAGAGUGCAUCCAAGAAACAUCAUCCCACCAUGACAGUGCGGAUUGGCUCGGUCGAUGUGCACUGGACAACCCAUCGCCCACGAGGAUUCACUCAAAAGGAUGUUACAAUGGCACAACAUUGUGAUCGAGGUGCUGAUCUGAUGGGUGCUGUUGAUCCAGGCCAAGGACUGAAAUGUGGACCAACUAUCUAA